UCUAGAACACCCAUAAAAAGCAUCAGCAAGGGUCUUCUCUCUCCUCAUCGAAGAGGUCUUCCUGUGUGCGGCUCAUCCAACAUGUCCAUGAUCAGAUCAUUGGCUUCCUUCUACCGUCGUAAGGUUUAUCUCCUUGGUCAGCAUGGACCUCGUUCUCACGGCAUCAUCGUGCGGCAUACCCAAGGCCUGGCUACGCUGAAUCGAGAGAGACGUAAUCAUUGCACAAAGAUGUAUGUACACAGUGAAUCGAGCACUGACGCUGAUGUCAGACAACCAUCUUCGCACAGGCCUCCACCUCGAUCCCCCCUCUCGACUUGGGCAAGAUGGGUUCUCGGGUCUAUGCUAACUCUGAUACUACCAUUCUGGGAAAAGAAAUGGAGGACCUUAUUGAGAAUAGAAGGUGAGGUGGAGAUGGUCACAGACGCAGUGGAAGAAGUGUUCGAGGUGGUGGAGAAGGUGGCAAUUGUUGUGGAGAAGGUCUCAUCGGAGGUGGCAGAGAGGCUUCCUGAGGAGGGGAAGUUAAAAGAUGCAGUGUUAUCAGUCGAGCAUGUAUCGCGAGAAGCUGCAGAAGAUGCUCACCUUGCAAAGGACAUCAUUCAUAAGUUGGAUGAAGUGAAACAGGAGGUGGAGUUGCUCUUGGAGUCCGUCGUCGACGCAGGGAAGAAGGUAGAUGGAAAGAAAUAGAUGUGAGGUAGAGGAAUACUGCAAGAACGAAAAGGUGGCUCUUAUGGAGGAAAUUGAAUAUUAAAUAUUUAAUAUUUUAUGGAGGAAAUUGAAAUUGUCUAAUUGGAAUCCAAAAGCAUUUUGGAUCACUUAUUCAAUAUUUUUUUCCAAAUUAUAA